AUGUCCUUCCAACGUGACGCCGCCUCCUUCCGCUCCGCGGCCCUCUCCACGCCCGGCGCCUCCCACCCCGGCACGAGCGCGAGCACGCAGCCGUUCCCGGCCGUCAAGACCGAGGACGGGCUGCCGGCGGGCAAGAAGAAGAAGCGGCCGAAGCCCAGUGAGGUGUACAGCCAGCCGGCGGACACGGGCACGGGCACGAAUAUCAAUACGCAGCUCGUUUACGCUAUCGAGUAUCUCAAGAACAAGAACGGGCCGGCGCGCAUCGAGGAUAUCUCGAUCGUCACGAACACGCCGCUGGACACGAACGCCGCACUCCUCGACAAGUUCCUCAAGCACGAGCGCGUGGAGUACGAUCCGAAGACGAAGCUCUAUUCUUACAAACACGAAUACAACAUCCGCAACAAAGCCGCCCUCCUGACCGAGAUCCAGCGCGAAACACGGCGCGGCGGCGGCUUCUCCGUCAAAAUCAUAAAAGAGUCCUGGCCCUCCGCGCCCACCGCGCUCGAAGAGCUCGAGAAGGAGGGCGACGUGUUUAUCACGCGGACGAACAAGGACGGCGCGAUGAAGAUGGUGUAUUGGAACGAGACGAAGCUGCGGCGGGGCGAGGAGGUCGCGGGUGGGAGUGGGGAGGGCGCGCGGAAUGGGACGGGGUUUAGUGUUGAGAAAGAGUUCAACGAGCUAUGGCACGCGCUCAAAGUACCCAACGACGUCGACCUCCUCCGCCAGCUCGAAAACGAGGGCCUCCAGGCCUCCACCUCCGAAGCCCCCACGAUCAAAGCGCCCCAAGGCAAGAAGAAGGGCAAGAAGUCGGCCCCGCGCCAGCGGCAGGCGAAGAUCACGAACACGCAUCUCAAGGGGAGCGGCAUCGAUCUGACGCGGGAUUAUGUGCCGCCGGGGAAGGAGAAGAAGGCGUAG